AAAAAACAGUAAUUGACAUUCAGAAUAAGCCGCGCUCUCUUUGGCAAGCAAAAUACAAUGUUGACUCAGCCGCGCUGACUUUGGACUUCUGAACCCGAAGAAGCGCACGACGUUCAUUUCUCUAAAACCGUGGAAAAUGCUGGUUGUCUUUCUGCUCGUCGUUUGUCUCGGUGAGACCGAGUCCGCUGUGGACUCGUACGUGGCUGCCGUGUACGAGCACAGAGUCAUCCUGAACCCGAACCCUCGCGUCCCGGYGUCCCGUCACGAAGCCCUGAUCCACAUGCAGAAGAACCUGGAUAUCUACGAACAGCAGGCUGCUAAAGCGGCACAGCAGGGAGUCCAGAUACUUGUGUUUCCAGAAGAUGGUAUUCACGGUUUUAACUUCACCCGUUCAUCCAUUUCCGGAUACAUGGAAACCAUUCCUGACCCUCAGGAGGAGAGCUGGAACCCCUGCACCGAGCCUGACAAACACAACAACACUGAGGUUCUCCAGCGACUGAGCUGCAUGGCCCGUCGCAACAACCUCUACCUGGUGGCAAACAUGCCUGAUCUGCAACCCUGUCCCUUGAAGACAGCCCCGUCCACAUGCCCCCCUGAUGGACGCUGGCAGUUUAACACCAAUGUGGCUUUCAAUUCUGAUGGUCUCCUGGUGGCACGUUACCAUAAAUAUAACCUCUUUUUCGAAGAAUCCUUUGACACGCCUCCAAAGCUUGAACUUAUCACAUUUGAUACACCCUUUGCUGGGAAGUUUGGUCUCAUCAUCUGCUUUGACAUCCUGUUCCACGAUCCCACAGUAGUCCUGGUGAAAAUGGGUGUGCGUCAGCUGGUUUUCCCCACAGCGUGGAUGAACGAGCUCCCCCUUUUGGAUUCAAUCCAAUUUCAUAGGGCUCUCAGUCUGGGAGCCAAUGUCACGGUUCUGUCUUCAAACCUUCGUAAYGACSAGCWYAKKAUGACAGGAAGUGGUAUCUACACCCCAUUUUCUGCUACCUUCCACCACGCCGUGAAGGGAGACCCAGAGGAGGGUSGGCUGCUUGUGGCCACAGUYCCAGUCUUGGGUCCAGUUGGGGUGAACGAUGUGGCUGAAUCAUUGUCACCUGUGGCUGCAGAGACUGAUCACUGCCACACAGAUGGCUGUGCUGAUUCUCCUUCACCUUCUUCACCUGGUUCCUCUUACUCCACCUUCAUAGGAACCAUGAUGCAUGACCCAUUUAAAUUUGUCCUCAUAAAGGAGGCAGAGGGCAAUCUCACAGUGUGUGAUGGUAAAUUCUGCUGCCACCUUCAGUACAAGUGGACAACACAUGACGAAGGGAAAGAACUGUACGCAUUGGGAGCAUUUGCAGGAACGCACACCUUUAAUGGACGAUAUGCCUUGCAGGUAUGUGCAGUGGUCCGCUGUGCGRGGCUGGAGGCCAGCUCAUGUGGACAGAAAGCGGAGGAGGCGGAGUCUAAGAUGGACUUCUUGAUGGAGGCAACUUUCCAGACAGAUUACGUGUACCCUUCAGUCCUGGUGAACCGCAUGGCAAUCGAGCAACCUGAUAAGCUGGAGAAAGCUGCAGGUGGGAGAGUGACCAUGAAACACUCCAACCUGAGCGGAGGCCUGAUCACUGCCUGCCUGUACGGACGAAUGUACCAGCUGGAUAAUUUGCGACAGAAUAAUGGAGUCGCACUAAAAUUAAAUUCAGUUUUAUUGUUGAUGGGUUUUUUAAGGAUUGUUUCUGCUCUUGUGGACCCUAUUUGGUAGUGACACACAACAAUGUAGUAAAUGAUUAUCCACACAAAGCAGUAGGACGAGUGUCACCAAGAUUACCUACAAGAUUGUUUAUAUGUGUUGUUUUAGGUGUUUUAAUUUUGAAUCUGUUCUUUAUGAAUGCAUUUUUAAUGUUACUAACAGCCGUGUGCAGUCUAUAUUUUUUCUUAUUGUUUUGUUGGUGAACAAUAUCAAUUAAAAGUAGUCCAUAGGAAGCUUGACCUCUCAGUACUCACAAAAUCCAGAGCACAUUUCAGCAACAGGGAAGUUCAAAAUGUUUUACAUCAUGAAAACACACACACACACGCACGCACACACACGAGCACGCACACACACUCACACACAAAGUUAGAGAACACAGUCAACAGUUGUCAAGUCUUUGUUACACAUCAAAAUGUUGAUGAAUGUUUUAUGUUUCAAAAGCAACUUUAAACAAGUAGGGUUUUAGUCUUGAUUUCUCUAUUUUCUACAGUUGUUUUCCCUUCUACUUUGAAGGAGGUCACUUAUUUUUCAUUUGCUUCUCAUUAUUUUGCAAAAAUAAAUUUUUACUUUGAUAUUAAA